GAGGAGACUUAAUCAUGGAAGAAGAUGAUCAAUAUCGCAGUCUCAGGUGCUGCAGGCAUGAUUUCAAACAACCUUCUCUUCAAACUUGCUUCAGGUUCAGUGUUAGGACCAAACCAGCCCAUUGCUUUGAAACUUCUUGGAUCAGAGAGAUCAAUCCAAGCCCUCGAAGGUGUUGCAAUGGAGCUGGAGGAUUCCUUGUUCCCUUUGUUGAGAGAAGUUGAUAUAGGAACAUAUCCAUAUGAAGUGUUUCAAGAUGUGGACUGGGCUCUUCUGAUUGGUGCAAAGCCUCGAGGACCUUGAAUGGAACGUGCUGUUUUGUUCUGACCAAAUAUAACGUAUACAUA